AACAAAAAGAAAAAGGAAACAUGGGGAGUUUGCAUCUUUAUUGUAGCAAUUGAUCUGGAUGAAAUGACAUUCACUUUCACAGAGCUUCUGAAAAGUAUAAGCAUAAGUGUAUGCACAUUUUUUCAGUUUCUGAAAGAGGUGGAUGUUAACAUGGAUACUGUAAGCACUAAAGUUGAUAGCACUGUAUCAAGGCUGAAAAAGAAAUAUGAUGUAUUACUUGCACUAUACCACAAGUUUGAAAGGACUUGUGGCCUUAUUUAUCUGGAACAACCUAGUAGUGAGAUUUCUGCUGAACUCCGUUCUGUAUUAGUCCUAAAAAAUUACUGGAUUACUUUUUUGCUGGCAAAAGGUAAAGUGUUGCAAGUGGAAGAUGACCUGGUGAUUUCUUUCCAGUUGUUGCUGUGUGUCUUAGAUUAUUUUAUCAAACUGUCACCUCCUGCUAUGCUCAAGGAACCAUACAAGUCUGCUGUGACUGCAGUGACUGUUAAUGGUUCAGCUCGAACUCCAAGAAGAGGUCAGAGUAGGAAUACACGCACUUCAAAGCAAAUUGAUACUGACACAAAAGUUAUCGAAGUCCUUUGUAAAGAGCAUGAUUGUAAUUUAGAUGAGGUGAAAAAUGUGUAUUUCACAAGCUUUAUUCCAUUCUUGAAUUCUAUUGGUAUUGUAGCUUCAAAUGGACUACCGGAGGUUGAGGUUCUCUCGAAACAGUAUGAUGAACUUUAUCUCAACAACAAAGAUAUAGACGCCAGAUUAUUUCUGGAUCACGAUGAAACUCUACAGCCUGAUGUCAUAGCACGCUCGCAGCUGGAGAGGACACCACUGAAAAACAAUCCAGAUGAGGAACCUAAUCUUAUACUUCCACAGACUCCUGUUAGAGCUGCAAUGAAUAACAUUCAGCAAUUGAUUAUGAUUUUAAACUCAGCAACUGAUAAACCUUCAGAUACUCUCAUCAUGUAUUUCAAUAAUUGUACAGUGAAUCCUAAGGAGAGUAUCCUGAAAAGAGUGGAAAGCCUUGGUCACAUCUUCAAAAAGAAAUUUGCUGAAGCAGUUGGACAGGGAUGUGCUGAAAUCGGCUCUCAGAGAUAUAAGCUUGGAGUACGUCUGUAUUACAGAGUAAUGGAGUCUAUGCUAAAGUCGGAGGAAGAGCGCCUCUCAGUGCAGAAUUUCAGCAAACUUCUGAAUGAUAACAUCUUCCACACAUCUCUUCUGGCAUGUGCUGUUGAGGUUGUCAUGGCUACAUAUGGCAGAAAUGCUUCACAAAGUGAUGGUACCAGUGCUGAAACAGACUUGUCUUUCCCAUGGAUUCUCAAUGUAUUUGAUUUAAAAGCUUUUGACUUCUACAAGGUGAUUGAGAGUUUUAUUAAAGCGGAGCCAAGCCUAACAAGGGAAAUGAUAAAGCAUCUAGAACGCUGUGAACAUCGAAUUAUGGAGUCUCUUGCUUGGCAAUCUUGUCUUGGGACAUUGCUGGAUGGAUUUCUUUGUGCUUUUGCUGUUCUUCGAAUAAGAUUACCUGAAAGCACUUGA